AGGCGAGCACUACGUCAUGAGUGGUUGUUGGUUACGACCAAAAACGAAGAAAAACGCGGUUUUCUUUUCCUUCCUCACUGUGACUCCUCCUCCUUCUGCAAAAACCUCAAUCCAUUUCGCGAUUUCAAUCAACCAUUUUGGUAUUGGAACGCAGGAAUGGGUUGUUUCGCCAGCAAAAACGCUGACACCAAAGCCAGUAGAACCGCGCGGUGGCGAUCCACCGGCAUUGUUGCUCUGCGCGAUUCCAAAUUGAAGACAUUUCCAGAUGAAAUUCUUGAUUUAGACAGAUCAGUACGCACCCUUGACUUAACACAUAAUCGAAUAGUUGACAUUCCCCUGGAAAUUAGCAAAUUAGUUAAUGUGCAGCGCCUGGUAUUAGCAGACAACCUCAUUGAGAGACUGCCAGUGAAUUUGGGGAAACUCCAAUCUCUAAAACUCGUGAACCUUGAUGGAAAUCGAAUUACGUCCUUGCCAGAUGAAUUGGGCCAGUUAGUAAGGCUUGAACGCUUAUCGAUCUCAGGGAAUUUGUUGACAUCCUUGCCAGAAACUAUUGGCAGUUUGAGAAAUUUGUUGAUUUUAAACGUGUCAAAUAACAAGUUAAAGUCUCUUCCAGAAUCCGUUGGGAGUUGCUUCUCUUUGGAAGAACUACAAGCUGAUGAUAAUCUUAUUGAAGAUCUUCCCUCUUCUGUGUGCAAUCUCUCCCACUUGAAGUCACUUUCCUUAGAUAACAAUAAAGUGAAGCAGAUUCCUCCGAAUCUAUUGAAGGACUGCAAAACUCUUCAGAACAUAUCACUGCAUGGAAAUCCUAUAUCAAUGGAUCAAUUUCAACAGAUGGAUGGGUUUCAAGAGUUUGAAGGGAGGAGGAGAAAGAAGUUUGACAAACAGAUUGAUUCAAAUGUGAUGAUCAGUUCCAAAGGUCUUGAUGAGGGCGUCGAUCUAUGAAGUUGUCUCAGGCUUGUUGAGACCACUCGCAAUGUGGAUUUUUCAGUUAUAUAGUUGGAUGAGCAUUGGAGAUAUAUCAUGGAAUACGGUUUUAUCCAUGCCCUUUAUUUCGCAUCUGAAAUUAGUGUAUGGAGAUGCCAGUGUCACAUUGUAUAUGAUUCCUACUGUUUUACCCCUGCCCAAGUUUGCCUGAAAAUAUGCUGGCUUGUAGAUGGAGCUAUUAUCCAGCACUCUUCUAAAUAUUUCAUAUACGAGUUUUGGAGCCAUUGUGUUGAAAAUAUAAGGGGUCAUGUAUCUACACAGCUGUAAAUUAAGACAACUUUAUGUUAUAUGGAAGGCACUGCAUUCUUUGCCCUUUUAUCAUGUCAA